GCCUCCACUGGUACAGUGUGUGCCAGUACCAUGGAAAAGCUUUUCCUGCCUCUUUUGAUGCUUGGCACCAUGGCAAAAGCUCAGCACUGUCCCGGCCGUUGCAUCUGCCAGAACAUCUCUCCAACCUUGACCAUGCUGUGUGCCAAAACAGGCCUCCUCUUUGUGCCACCAUCCAUUGACCGGCGCACCGUGGAGCUCCGAUUGACAGACAAUUUUAUCACCGUCAUCCGCCGGAAAGACUUCUCCAACAUGACUAACCUGGUACACCUCACUCUGUCCAGGAACACUAUUAGCCAGAUUAUGCCCUUUGCCUUUUCUGACCUGCGUGCCUUAAGGGCUCUGCACAUGAACAGCAAUCGCUUGGCCAUCUUAAAGAAUGAACACUUCCGAGGGCUGGGGAACCUCCGGCACCUCAUCCUUGGGAACAACCAGAUCAGCCACAUUGAGCCUUCCUCUUUCGACGAGUUCCUCUCCACUGUGGAAGACCUGGAUCUCUCCUACAACAACCUAGAGACACUGCCAUGGGAGGCCAUUGGUCAAAUGGUGACCCUCAACACCCUCACGUUGGACCACAACCUCAUUGACCACAUUGCUGAGGGCACCUUCUCCCAACUCCAGAAGCUGGUGAGGUUAGAUAUGACUUCCAACCGGCUACACAAGCUGCCCCCUGACAACCUCUUCCUGAGGGCUGAAGUGUUGGCCAAUGUCCGUGGAACUCAUCCUUCCACCUUGACCAUCAGCUUUGGAGGCAAUCCAUUGCACUGCAACUGUGAGCUUCUUUGGCUCCGGAGGCUGACACGAGAGGAUGACCUGGAGACUUGUGCAUCGCCAGAGCAUUUGAUGGACAAGUAUUUCUGGUCAAUCCCUGAGGAGGAAUUUAUCUGUGAACCUCCACUCAUCACCCGCCAAUACGCUACCAAGGCGUUCAUCAUGGAAGGACAAGGCGUGAGCCUCAAGUGCAAAGCGGUGGGAGAUCCAGAGCCUUCCAUCCAUUGGAUCGCGCCUGAUGGCAAGUUGAUCCACAACACGACUCGGGCAACUGUCUAUGACAAUGGCACUCUGGAUGUCCUCAUUACCACUUUGAAGGACAAUGGCAUCUUCACCUGUAUUGCCUCCAAUGCGGCUGGAGAAGCCACUGCCCCCGUGGAGAUCUGUAUUGUCCCUCUCCCUUUGCUGGUCAACAACACUGCCCACAUGAAAGAGCCUGACCCUGGUUCCUCUGACAUCACCACCUCCACCAAGUCUGGCUCCAAUGACACCAAGAAUCACCUUGACAAGAGGAUCGUAGCUGCUGAUCUGACGUCCACCUCGGUGGUCAUCCAUUGGCCCUCUGAGCGGCACAUCCCUGGCAUCCGUAUGUACCAGAUCCAAUACAACAGCUCCCUGGAUGACUCUUUGGUUUACAGGAUGAUCCCUUCCUCCAGCAAGACCUUUCUGGUCAAUGAUUUAGCAGCAGGCCGGGACUAUGACCUGUGCGUGUUGGCCGUUUACGACGAUGGGGUGACGUCCCUCACGGCCACCCGAGUGGUGGGGUGCGUGCAGUUCACCACCGAAGGGGAGGGUGCCCAGUGCCACUCUUUGCACACCCAGUUCCUAGGAGGGACUAUGAUAAUUAUAAUUGGGGGCAUUAUUGUGGCCUCCGUCCUGGUCUUCAUUAUCAUUCUUAUGAUUCGGUACAAGGUCUACAGUGGCCAGGAUGAGCACAAGAAAGCCAAAGUGAGCAACGUCUACUCGCAGACCAAUGGGAGCCAGCCUUCCUCCACCACCACCACCUUGCCCCAUUCGGCCUCCAAGGUUGGGGAGGACAAAUACGAAACUCUCCAAGAGAUGACUUGCAAGGAGCCCUUGUUCAUGGGGGAAACCAAGGAAGAAGUCCCCAAUGGCCAGGACAUCAUUGCCUUGACUGAGGUGGAUAAGCGGUCAGCCAAGAUGGCCUCGGACCUCCAGACGGUGGCUGUCUUGACCUCAGAAGAAAGGAAGAUGGACGGCAGCAUGAGCGGCUCCUCGGUCUCCUUGUGUCUUGUCAAGGAUGCCGGCGCAGGGCCCCACCUCCGUGCCAAGUUGGGGGGGCAGCGGGUCGGGGGUCUUCCCCCGCGAGCUGUCCAGGACUCACCACCACCGUCACUCCUUCGACGGGGAUUACUCACUGUUCCAGAGUCACAGCUACCCUCGUCGGGCACGGACAAAAAGACACAUGUCCACCUCUCAGUUGAACUCGGAAGAGUGUCCUUUGAGUCACAGGAGGGUGACUUUUAGCAGCACGGAGUGGAUGCUGGAAAGCACAGUCUG